UAAAUAAUUAUGCCAAAUUUAAAUAUAUCACUAUUUAAGCUUCAUUGGUUACUCUGCAAUAUAAGCACAGGAUAAAAGAGAGCAUCUACAAAAGGCACAUAAAGAGUGUGCGAGCCAGCACGCUGUGCUCUAUUCAAGCUUUCCAAACGGCAUUGCUGUCUAUUGGAGAUUUAAAAUUCGAUGCAGCGUUACUGCAUAAACUCAGUUGCGAGCGAACAUUCGCGGUUAAAGGAUGUGUAAAUCAUAUCUUAAAUUUGACGCGGCGCUUUAUAUUGAGUGUUAAGUGUUUAGUGUUAUAAUUGUGUCUGUGUAUUGACUGUUGCAAUGUGUAAGUUUGUGUUGGUUUGUGUAUGCGCGCGGCGUGGAGGCGUAGGUGUUGUCGCUUAUCGCUCCAAUUAGUAGGCGCAAUAUAGUGGAAUACUACAGAGUGUUUGAUACACAAAUUUUGUUGGAUUUCUAGAAAUUGUAUUCGAAGUAUGUAAAUUUGCGUAUUUAAUGAAGCAACAAAACGGCGUCGCGAGACUUCCGGAAAAGCACGAGCUGUGGAAAAUCAAAGAGUGCAGCCAUAUUUGUUGUUGGUAUAUAAUUUAUUGUGUGCGACGCGCUACCGACUAUAUGUACACGCGUACAAGUAUGUAAAUUGGCGUACCAAUACAUCGUAAACACUUCUCGCAUACACUCGCACGAAAGGCACUUAAAAGCUCGCGUUUGUGUUGUGUCGGCGUCGGUGUUGGCUCUACCUUGCUGUGUUGAAGGAAGCGUGCUGAAAGUGGCGCAGUAACGAAAAAUUGCGCACGCGCUGUUCAUGGCGUGCAUGCUGUGAUUAUUUAUGGCAAUAUAAUAAUAAUAAUAGAAUACAAAAAAAAAAAAAAUAAAAAAAAAAAACAACAACAGAAAUAUAGAUGGAGCAAAACAUAAUGCAAAAAGCUUGGUUAUAGGAAAAAGUUUUUAAUAGAAAAUAUUUAUGCAAUCUUUUUUUGUGGAGGCUUCUAAGUAACAACGUGGUGUUUGGAAAGUAAACAACCAACAUUUGUUGAAAGAAAUCAAACGCCUGCGGACGUGUCAAAAUUUUACCAUUCAAAGCGAUAUUAAGCAUCACAUGUAAUAACGGUUUAUUCUAUCGGCGGAACUGUAUUACUAUACACUUUGACUAAGGCAACAAUACACUGACAGUAGCGGCAGCGACAAGAGCAAUAUCAAAGGACCCACAGCAUUAUUGCAAAUUCCCAUAGCGCCCAUAGUCAAAGUAAGUGGCAGUGAUAGCCACGCAUUGACGGUUGAGCUGUCGCGGCACGCCACGCCACGCCAUGGUGGAGUCCUCGGCCAUUGGCCGGCCACUAACUGGAUGUGUAAAUCCACAGCAGCCGGCAACAGCUGCCAUCACCGCCGCACAGCAUUCGCCCUCCGGCAUGCGUUGUGGCACGUUGGAGACGCGCGUGAGAGGCGCCUGGUAUCGGGUGCUGGUGACGCUGGAAACCGACUUUCUAGCAAUUAGUUUGGACGAGUCCUGCGAUGCGGCGGCCAUCAGUGUGGACCAAUCGACCACACUGAAUGGUACUUUGGGCAGCAACCACAGCGGUCAUAAUGGGUCCAUACCCUCAUCGGCCUCCAUGCAGGGUAUGGGCGGCACAGGCGCGGGCAAUGGCGGUGAUACGGAUUGUACGGAUAACGGUGGUGGCAGCGGUAAUGGUGGUGACCAUCUGCUGAACAAUAAUACAAUGGACAAUGGACUGGAUAUGUGCGAUGUACCUGAUCAUGUGGCAAAUCAAAAGAGACAUGUGCGCAUCAUUAAAUCGGACAACAACGGUCUCGGCAUUUCCAUUAAGGGCGGACGUGAAAAUCGUAUGCCCAUAUUGAUAUCGAAAAUUUUCCGCGGCAUGGCGGCGGAUCAGGCUAAGGGGCUGUAUGUGGGCGAUGCCAUUUUGUCGGUGAACGGCGAGGAGCUGCGCGAAGCAACACAUGACGAGGCGGUGCGCGCGCUGAAACGUGCUGGGCGCGUUGUGGACUUAGAAGUGAAAUUUCUGCGCGAGGUGACACCAUACUUCCGAAAAGCCAGUAUUAUCUCCGAAGUGGGCUGGGAAUUGCAGCGCGCCUUUCUGUGUCCGCUGGGGCCCGGGGCGCCCACAUCGCCGCCAGCGCCGAAGAUAACACCGCGCGCCGAUACGCGUUACAUACCGUUGCAGUUGACACAUUUGGCGCGCAAUUUGAAAUACAUCGAUCCCGAAAACCGUUGUAUCGAACUGCAUUCGCCGGACGGCGUGCACUCGUGCAUCCUGCGCGCCACCGACUCAGCGGAGGCGCUGAUCUGGUUCAAUGCGUUGCACUCGGCGAUGUGUGGCAGCACUCAGCGCGCGCUCACCGAUGCCAAUCGCGCGCUGAUGAAUGUCAUCGGAGAGCUGAAGCACAUUGGCUGGCUUAGCAGGCGUUUGAGCGGCGGCAGCACUAGUGGCGGCGUCGGCGGUGGCAGCUCUGGCAGUGGUGGCGGUGGUGGCGGCAGCAGCGCCAACGCAAUUGGCGGCGCAGGCGAUUUGCCAAGCGGACGUUCCAGCUCGGAGAGUUCCGAUGAAAACGACAAAUGGCAACCGAUUUUUGUUGCAGUCACUGAGCGCGAGUUCAGAAUUUACGAGUCCGCUCCUUGGUCAGUGGAGGCAUGGGGACGUCCGUUGGAGAGCUUCGCAUUGGCAACGACAAGACUGGCUGGCGCUGGCAAUAAUUCAUCUUUGAACGGUCAACAGACGACGGUGUUUUGCGUGCGCUGCGGCACCAACCGCGGCGUUCUGGUCUAUUGGCUGCGCUCGGAGACGCAUCGCGAUAUGGCUGCGUGGGCGCGUGCACUGGUGCAGGGCUCACACAACGCCGUCAACUAUCAGCGUGAGUUCUCAUUCCGCUGCCUCUACCAGGGCAGACAGUGUCAAUUGGUUGUGCAUUUGAAUCGUGGCUUUUGCCUAUACGACUGCAGCGGGUUUUCAGCGGCGGCGGCGGCGGGUGUCGUAGUGCCGCCCAAUCAGACCAAAACUCAGUUGUGGCAAUUUCCGUUCGACAAAUUGAAGGGCUCAGCGGACGACGGCAUACGCAUGUUGUUCUUGGAUUUUGGCGAUGAUGGCGAAAUUGAACUGGAUAUGGAAUGCUGUCCCAAGCCGGUGGUCUUUGUGGUGCACAACUGCCUUUCGGCGAAGGUACACUCGAUUACCUAAGAGGAGCAAGCGGAACCUGUAGUGCAGCGAACAGUUUGAACGUCUGACAUAGCAAGAAAUACUUUGAAAAAGCGACGUAGCCGCACAAGUGGCGAGAAGAAGUAUCGUAGUAAAAAUUUUUGUAAUUUCAUACCAAACGUUGAUGAGUGAAUACAUUUGAAAAAAAUAACAAAAAAUCAAGAUUAUACACUGUGCAACAUGUUGCGCGGUUAUAAUAAUGCAAUAUAUCAAAUUUACUUAGCAAUUAAUAAUAACGUAAUUAUACUUAAUAAAAUUGUGGUAAGAAUAAGUAGAUUUGUAUAGCAUAUGUUAAACCGUUGUUGAAGGCUGCGCGAAAGUCAAGUGAUCAGCUUUUGAGAGCGUGUGUGCUUCCUUAUUUUGUAUAAGGUGGAAAACUAGUCUACAGUAUACUUCAAAAUACUCAUUUCAUUAUGUAAAAAUGUAUUUAUUAGUACAGUUAUACAUACAUAUAUAUGUAUGUGUUAUAUUUAAAUGUAUACACACACACUCCACAAUAUUUCCAACUUUAAGCUGUUUCCAUGCGGCACUUUGCAACAAUAUUUUUCACACCGAAAUUACAAUUUCCAAGCCUACAGGGUUGCAUAUUUAUUUAGUUAAAUUGUGGAAUUUGAAAUUAAAACGCACAAAAUCGUGUGAAAGUGUUUAAAUUUUAGAUUUAAAAAGUAAGUCGAAAAAACUGUCUGUAUGUUUGAAAAAAAAAACAAAAAACAAAUUCAAAUGAAAUGUGUAAAAAAAUAAUUCUUUCUUAAAUUUGCAUAAUUAAAUUGCACUUUCGCCUAAUAUUUAAUUAACAAAUACAAACAGGCCAAAGCCAACGAGAGCACAUGUUAUACACACAUACAUAUAUACAUACAUACAAACGUUUAUAAAUACAUACACAACAAACAUAAGGUGAAGCGAGAUUUGCAAAUGCAAAUUAACAAUGCAAUAUUUAUUUAUUUGUAUGUUUGUACAUACUUGGAAUACAAUGCCGAACAAAAGAACCGAGGAUAAUAAUUAAAUUUAACAGAUAAAUAAAUAAAACGUAGCACAUUUAAAUUUACUGCAUACAAUUUACAAAAACUAUGGAAAUCAGCAAUUACCGUUAGAAAAAAAAAAAAAAAAAACAGAAACAUAUCUCGGUCAGCUACAGCUGCAUCUGCAUACAUAGACUUAAUAAUAUUAAUUAAAAUUGUUAAUAUCAAGCGCGGAAAUCAAAUGAAAAUAACGCUAACGGUAAGUGAGCGGAGUAGAAUAUUUGGAAUACAUUUUUCUUUAAUUGUAAGUUUCCCUAUACACAUUUGACUCGUAUUUAUGUGCAUAUGUAUGAAAGAUGAACAAAACCUAACGUUUGCCACAUAAAUACCAACUAACUGAAUUAAAAAAUAAAAUAAAAAAAAUAAAAAUAAUAAUAAUAAUUAAAAAGUACGAACCACGCCCCUAAAAAAACAAAAACAAUUUUUUUCUUAAAAAAAGAAAACAAAAAAAACACAACAACGCAAUAGCUGUGGCGUCAAGUCAACAUUCGACUCCGUGUUGCAAGCAAGCAAAAGCAGCAAGCGGCAAAGCACAAAACCAAAAACAAAUAAAAAAAAACAUGAAAAAGAAUCAUGUAACAAAAUGUAAUGUAAGUAGAGUUGGUAAUUAUGGAAUUGGAAAAUUCAAAAAUUUAACAAACAUUGUGUGUGCGCUAGCAAUAGUCUAAUGAGCAAAAACAAAACAAAAAAAAAAAAACUCAAGUAAUAUCUAAUGGCAAAAAUUAA